GGGUUAAGCCAUGGUUUCCACUUGGGUUACAAAGGUAACCGCUUCCCCAGAGCUGCCAAGAAUCUCCCAUCUGCCAUCCAACAACCCCAAGUUAUUGAGAAAAACCUGCUAGAGGAAGUCCAGCUUGGUCGCCUGGCUGGCCCCUUUGAAUCCCCCCCUUUUCAAAAUUUUCAAAUUCAUCCCCUCGGCCUAGUCCCCAAAAAGGGAAGCCAAAAGUGGCGCACUAUUUUCCACCUAUCCUACCCCAAGGGGUCCCCGGAUAGCUUAAAUGCUAACAUACCCAUUGAGGAUUACACCCUUCAGUAUAUUCGGAUUGACGAUGCCAUUGCCCUGGUCCUCAACCACGGCCCCGGGUGCUUUAUGACAAAAACUGACAUACAGUCCGCUUUUCGAAUUAUCCCCGUUCACCCCGGGGAUUGGGAACUCUUGGGGAUGUCCUGGAAGGGUCGUUAUUACUUCGACAAAGCCCUCCCCUUCGGGCUAAGGAGUGCCCCUUUUCUCUUUAAUCAACUCGCUGAUGCCCUGGAAUGGUUGGUCAGACAACACCUGAACAUCCCCUCCAUCAUACACAUUCUCGACGAUUUUUUCAUUGUUCAACCUGCCCCCUCGUCCCUUUGUGCCACAGCCCUCUGCCGGGUUCUUACCCUCUUUGAGGAAUUAAACAUUCCCCUUGCCCCACAGAAAACCUUUCGCCCCACCCAAGUUCUUGAAUUCAUGGGAAUAACACUCGAUUCCGUAAACAUGCAGGCUCGUCUCCCCGAGGAUAAGUUAAGUAAUGCCCGGUCCCUGCUAGCGGACUGGUCUUCCAAACGGGUCUGUCGUCUACAGGACCUGCAGUCCCUCAUUGGGACUCUGCAGUUCGCCUGCCGGGUUAUUUCCCCUGGUCGCCCUUUCAUGCAGCGCAUCAUUAACCUUACCCGGGGUUGUGCCCGCCCCAAGCGGAUUAUUUUUCUCACCCAGGAGUUCAGAAAGGACAUCCUCAUGUGGCAAUUUUUCCUCGACCACUGGAAUGGUGUUAGCCUUUUUCUCCCCCCUUACACAGAAUCAUCCCCACAAAUCCAUUUAUAUACAGACGCAGCGGGUGCAGUCGGAUACGGGGCCUUCUUUGACAAUCAGUGGUUCCAGGGAAAAUGGCUCCCCUCCCACCAGCUCAACCCCUCCACAGGGAUAAGUAUUACCUGGCAAGAGCUUUACCCAAUUUACCUUGCCUGCAUGAUUUGGGGGCCCCAUUGGGCUAACAGGAGAAUUUGUUUUCAUUGUGACAACCAGGCAGUCGUCGCAGUUUUGUCUGCUAAAAGCUCAAAAAUUCCCCGCAUCAUGAACCUUGUCCGUUUGAUCACCUUUCAAACUUUGAAGUUUAAUUUUACCUUUACCGCAAAGCACGUCCCAGGGGUCGACAACGGCAUAGCUGAUAGUUUAUCUCGCUUUCAGAUGCCCCGGUUCCACCAACUCGCACCAGAUGCAUCGCCCGUUCCCUGUCCAAUCCCUCCUUUCCUGACGAAAGUCUAACUAUGCAGGCUGCUCACUACAUUUUCCAGUCCAUCGCCAGCUCUACUCGUCGAACCUAUUCCUCUGGGGAGCGACACUUUAUUAGAUUUUGCCUUUUUCAUAAACUCAUUUCACCCCAAACCCCUUUUCUCCCUACCAGUGAAUCAACCUUAAUUCAUUUCGUCACCCACUUAUCCAAUACCGUUUCGUAUGGCACUAUUAAAGUUUAUCUGGCAGCAGUUAAGAAUCUCCAUGUUGAGUUUGGCUGUCCCCUGGACUUCUCCUCCAUGCCCUUCCUAUACAAGACCCUUCGAGGGAUCAAAUCCUCCCUCGGGAUUGCCAAACGGGCCCGGUUCCCUAUUACUAUUUCGAUCCUCCGCCAAAUUUAUGCCAAACUAAAACCCUUCCAAUCGUUGGACACAGAUUCUUCAAUGUUGUGGGCUGCUUUUACCCUUGCGUUCUUUGGCUUUCUACGUAGUAGCGAAUUCACUUACAACGGCAAGUUCAAUAUUCAAUCCCACCUGACAAGAUCGGACGUCCACUUUUACCCCAACAUUGUCCAACCUGUGUCUUUCGAGGUUGUCAUCAAGAAGUCCAAAACAGACCCUUUCCGUGAGACAGCCAAGCUCACUAUCGCCAAAUCAAACUCUACUGUAUGUGCAGUCACCGCGUUAAGAGACUAUCUGCUUCAAACUAAUCCCAGUGGAGCUACCCAGCCCCUCUUCCAAUUCUCGGAUGGACGACAUCUUACUCGGUCCUCCCUCACCAACAACUUACGGGCUCUUCUCAAGGUUUGUGGAUUGGAUAGUACCUGCUAUGCAUCACACAGUUUCCGCAUUGGAGCAGCCACUACUGCGGGGGCUGCUGGCCUUCCAGACUGGCUCAUUAAAGUUCUUGGCCGUUGGAAAUCUGAUGCAUAUCAGUCGUACAUCAGGACACCCAAAGAAACCAUUCUCCAAGUCCCUCAAAAUUUGGCCUCCUGUCUAUCCAGUUAA